UGUGAUAAAAUAAAAUAUCUUAUGUUCUGUUUGUGUUGUUCAGUAUUUCCCAGGUUAUGAGUUCUGUCUCUCCACUAUCCAGCUGUGUCUCUAUAAAGACUGUCAUGGAUCCUCCUCUAAUAUUAACAGAGGGAGACUCCUCAUCUGGACACAGUGUAAAACAGGUAAAGAGACCAGACUCAUCAUUACCCAGCUGUGUCUCCAUGAAGAGUGAUAUGUCUAUGGAUCAUCCUCUUGUAUUCAAAGAUGGAGAGCCGUCACCUGGACACAGUGUCCUGCAGAUGGGUGGAAACAGAAAGGACAAGAAGAUCGUCACAGAUCCAGGGUGUGAACCUUCAUAUGCUGGAACAGAUGUUCAGGAAAAAUGCAAAUUAAAACUGAUAAAGAAAUUUCAGCACAUGAGCGAGGUGAUAACAGACCAGGGAAACCCAACACUGCUCAAUGAGAUCUACACAGAGCUCUACAUCACAGAAGGAGACAGUGGAAAAGUCAAUAAUGAACAUGAGGUGAGACAGAUUGAGGCAGCAUCCAGGAGAGCAGCUACAGAGGAAACACCAAUCAAAUGUAGUGACAUCUUUAAGCCUUUACCUGAAGAAGACAAACCCAUCAGGAGCGUUCUGACAAAGGGAGUCGCUGGCAUUGGAAAAACAGUCUGUGUGCAGAAAUUCAUUCUAGACUGGGCUGAAGGGGAAACAAAUCAGGAUGUUCAUCUCAUAUUUCCACUUCCUUUCAGAGAGCUCAAUCUGAUGAAGGAUAAACUACUGAGUCUGAUGGAGCUUCUUCAUUUCUAUAUUAAGGAGAUAAAAGAAACAAACAUUUCCAGCCUGCACAAAUUUCUGUUUAUUUUUGAUGGUUUGGAUGAGUGUCGUUUCCCUCUGGAUUUCCAGAACACAGUGAGAGUGUGUGAUGUAACUGAACCAGCAUCAGUGGAUGUGCUGCUGAUUAACCUGAUCAAAGGGAAUCUACUUCCCUCUGCUCUCGUCUGGAUCACCUCCAGACCUGCAGCAGCUGAUCAAAUCCCCUCUGAGUCUUUUAAUCGAGUCACCGAGGUACGAGGGUUCAAUGACCCACAGAAGGAGGAAUAUUUCAGGAAGAGGAUCAGAGAUCAGAGCCUGAGCAACAGAAUCAUCACACACCUGAAGUCAUUAAGAAGCCUCUACAUCAUGUGCCACAUCCCGGUCUUCUGCUGGAUUUCAGCCACUGUUCUAGAGAGACUGUUGGGUAAAGCAGAGAGUGGAGAGAUCCCCAAAACUCUGACUCAAAUGUACACACACUUCCUCAUCAUUCAGACAAACAUCAUCAAGAAAAAGUACACAGAGAGCAGAGAGACAGAUAAUGAAAUGGUCCUGAAACUGGGUAAACUGGCAUUUCAGCAGCUGAUGAAAGGCAACCUGAUCUUCUAUGAGGAAGACCUGAUGGAGUGUGGCAUCGAUGUGACAGAAGCAUCAGUGUAUUCAGGUGUGUGUACACAGAUCUUCAGAGAGGAGUUUGGGCUUCACCAGAGUAAAGUGUACUGCUUUGUUCAUCUGAGCAUUCAGGAGCACCUCGCAGCUCUGUAUGUGCACCUGACCUUCAUGAAUGAAAAGAAAAAUGUUCUUCAGUGUUAUUCAGCAUUAUAUAGUCAACAGAGUCUGUUGUCUAAGAUUUGGGCACCUUUUAAAAAAGUUCCAAUCUCAGAUGUACACAAGAGUGCAGUAGAUCAGGCUUUACAGAGUGAAAAUGGACAUCUGGAUCUUUUCCUUCGCUUUCUUCUGGGUCUCUCACUGGAGUCCAAUCAGAUCCUCUUACAAACCAGACACGGAAACAAAAGAAGUAUCUCCUACAGUAAGCAGGAAACAGUUCAUUACAUCAAGGAGAAGAUCAGAGAGAAUCCCUCCACAGAGAAAUCCAUCAAUCUGUUCCACUGUCUAAAUGAACUGGAAGAUCAUUCUCUAGUUGAGGAAAUCCAACACUACAUACAGUCUGGAAAUUUACAACAUACUGAACUUUCUCCUUCUCAGUGGUCAGCUGUGGUGUUUGUGUUACUGACAUCAGUGCAGGAACAGGAUGUGUUUGUCCUGAAGAAAUAUAUUAACAAACACUGUACAUCAGAUGAGGUUCUUCUGAAGCUCCUGCCUGUGGUUGCAGCCUCCAGAAAAGCUGAGUUGAAUAAUUGUGGUCUAAAUAAGAAAAGUUGUGCAGUUUUGGCCUCAGUGCUCAGCUCUGAAUCCUCAAAUCUGAGAGAACUGAAUCUGACUGGGAAUAAACUCAGAGUCUCAGGAGUGAAGAGUCUCUCUGCUGGACUGGAGAAUCCUCACUGUAAACUGGAGACACUGAGGUUGUGUGAUUGUGAAAUCUCAGAUGAAGGCUGUGCUGCUCUGACUUCAGCUCUGAGAUCAAACCCCUCACACCUGAGAGAACUGGAUCUGUCUGGGAAUAAACUCAGAGACUCAGGAGUGAAGAGUCUCUCUGCUGUACUGGAGAAUCCUCACUGUAAACUGGAGACACUGAGGUUGUGUUAUUGUGAAAUCUCAGAUGAAGGCUGUGCUGCUCUGAGUUCAGCUCUGAGAUCAAACCCCUCACACCUGAGAGAACUGGAUCUGUCUGGAAAUAAACUCAGUGACUCAGGAGUGAAGAGUCUCUCUGCUGUACUGGAGAAUCCUCACUGUAAACUGGAGACACUGAGGUUGUGUGAUUGUGAAAUCUCAGAUGAAGGCUGUGCUGCUCUGAGUUCAGCUCUGAGAUCAAACCCCUCACACCUGAGAGAACUGGAUCUGUCUUGGAAUAAACUCAGAGACUCAGGAGUGAAGAGUCUCUCUGCUGUACUGGAGAAUCCUCACUGUAAACUGGAGACACUGAGGUUGUGUGAUUGUGAAAUCUCAGAUGAAGGCUGUGCUGCUCUGAGUUCAGCUCUGAGAUCAAACCCCUCACUCCUGAGAGAACUGGAUCUGUCUAGGAAUAACCUCAGUGACUCAGGAGUGAAGAGUCUUUCUGCUGUACUGGAGAAUCCUCACUUUAAACUGGAGACACUGAGGUUGUGUGGUUCUGGUGUCUCAGAUGAAGGCUGUGCUGCUCUGAGUUCAGCUCUGAGAUCAAACCCCUCACACCUGAGAGAACUGGAUCUGUCUGGGAAUAAACUCAGUGACUCGGGAGUGAAGAGUCUCUCUGUUGUACUGGAGAAUCCUCACUGUAAACUGGAGACACUGAGAUUAUGUGGUUCUGGUGUCUCAGAUGAAGGCUGUGCUGCUCUGACUUCAGCUCUGAGAUCAAACCCCUCACACCUGAGAGAACUGGAUCUUUCUAGGAAUAAACUCAGUGACUCAGGAGUGAAGAGUCUCUCUGCUGUACUGAAGAAUCCUCACUGUAAACUGGAGACACUGAGGUUGUGUGAAUGUGAAAUCUCAGAUGAAGGCUGUGCUGCUCUGAGUUCAGCUCUGAGAUCAAACCCCUCACACCUGAGAGAACUGGAUCUGUCUUGGAAUAACCUCACAGACUCAGGAGUGAAGAGUCUCUCUGCUGUACUGGAGAAUCCUCACUGUAAACUGGAGACACUGAGGUUGUGUUAUUGUGAAAUCUCAGAUGAAGGCUGUGCUGCUCUGAGUUCAGCUCUGAGAUCAAACCCCUCACACCUGAGAGAACUGGAUCUGUCUUGGAAUAAACUCAGAGACUCAGGAGUGAAGAGUCUCUCUGCUGUACUGGAGAAUCCUCACUGUAAACUGGAGACACUGAGGUUGUGUAAUUGUGAAGUCUCAGAUGAAGGCUGUGCUGCCCUGGGUUCAAACCCCUCACACCUGAGAGAACUGGAUCUGUCUGGGAAUAACCUCAGAGACUCAGGAGUGAAGAGUCUCUCUGCUGUACUGGAGAAUCCUCACUGUAAACUGGAGACACUGAGGUUGUGUGAUUGUGGUGUCUCAUAUGAAGGAUGUGCUGCUCUGACUUCAGCUCUGAGAUCAAACUCCUCACACCUGAGAGAACUGGAUCUGUCUGGGAAUAACCUCAAAGACUCCAGAAAAGGACCAGUGAAGAGUCUCUCUGCUGUACUGGAGAAUCCUCAUUGUAAACUGAAGACACUGAGGUUGUGUAAUUGUUGUGUCUCAGACGAAGGUUGUGCUGCUCUGACUUCAGCUCUGAGAUCAAACCCCUCACACCUGAGAAAACUGGAUCUGUCUGGAAAUUAUCUCAGAGACUCAGGACUGAAGAGUCUCUCUGCUGUACUGGAGAAUCCUCAUUGUAAACUGGAGACACUGAGGUCCUGUGAUUGUGAAAUCUCAGAUGAAGGCUGUGCUGCUCUGACUUUAGCUCUGAGAUCAAACCCCUCACACCUGAGAGAACUGUAUCUGUCUUGGAAUAAACUCAGAGACUCAGGAGUGAAGAGUCUCUCUGCUGUACUGGAAAAUCCUCACUGUAAACUGGAGACACUGAGGUUGUGUUAUUGUGAAAUCUCAGAUGAAGGCUGUGCUGCUCUGAGUUCAGCUCUGAGAUCAAACCCCUCACACCUGAGAGAACUGGAUCUGACUGGGAAUAACCUCAGAGACUCAGGAGUGAAGAGUCUCUCUGCUGUACUGGAGAAUCCUCACUGUAAACUGGAGACACUGAGGAUGCGUGGUUGUGAAAUCUCAGAUGAAGGCUGUGCUGCUCUGACUUCAGCUCUGACAUCAAACCCCUCACACCUGACAGUAUUGGAUCUGUCUUGGAAUAACCUCAGAGACUCAGGAGUAAAGAGUUUCUCUGCUGUACUGGAGAAUCCUCACUGUAAACUGGAGACACUGAGAUUAUGUGGUUCUGGUGUCUCAGAUAAAGGCUGUGCUGCUCUGAGUUCUGCUCUGAGAUCAAACCCCUCACACCUGAGAGAACUGGAUCUGUCUUGGAAUAAACUCAGUGACUCAGGAGUAAAGAGUCUCACUGCUGUACUGGAGAAUCCUCACUGUAAACUGGAGACACUGAGGUUGUGUAAUUGUGAAAUCUCAGAUGAAGGCAGUGCUGCUCUGACUUCAGCUCUGAGAUCAAACCCCUCACACCUGAGAGAACUGGAUCUGACUGGGAAUAAAUUCAGAGACUCAGGAGCGAAUCAGCUCUUCAGUCUUAAACUACAGAACUUGAGGUUGUGAAGAAGUUGUAUCUGAACCAGUCUGGCUGUUUUCCUGUUGAUCUCAUCAACAAGGAGUUUCCACCCACAGAACUGUGGCCGACUCAGUGUGUGUUUUAUUUUUCACUCCAUUCUGUGUAAAAUCUACGGACUGUUGUGUGUAAAAGCUCAGCAGGUUCUGAAAAACUCCAACCAGCAGGCAAAAACCAUGACACGGUUAAAGUCACAGAUAUCAGACUUAUGCUGUAUGAUUUUAUACAUUGUGCUGCUGCAUGACUGAUGAUUGGCUUCCUAAGAGUUCCUGAUAAUGUGGACAGUGAGUGUAUAUCUGUGCACUUUUUUAUUUCAAAUAAGCACUUUAAUGAAGUUCAGAAUGUUAUUAAUACUGUAAAAUACUUGAUAACCAAAAAAUAGCCAAACUUUCUGACACAGAAUUCAUUUACUGUUAUUUACUUUACACACACACACGCACACACACAGACACACACGCUUUCAUAAACAUUGUCAUCACAUGUUUUUCUCUUCUGCAUAAUUGAACCGACACACAAAAAAAAUCUAAACAUUAAAAACAGAAAGGAAAUGUUUCAUUAUGAAAUGUUUAUACAUGAAGGAAAUACCUGUAUGCAGAGAAAAUCAUAUUUUUCUCCUAGGUUUAUUAUCUCCUAGUGACGGGUAAUGUAAAUAAAAAAAUGUUUUAAUAGAAAUAA